GGUACCUUUAUUAUUAAUCUCCUUCGGAGGAGAGAAGGAAAGCGAGGCCGGGGAAAAAGGAGGACCGAGGGGCGAAAAUUACGACUAGGCCGCAAUUGAGUUUCUGAGGGGGGGAGACAAAAUGGCGGCCAUGGCGGCCUUCUUUAUGGCGCUGAGGCCUUUUGGCGGGAAAAAGGCGACCCUUCUUCUCCUGAGGAGAAAUAAUGGAGGAGGAGGAGGAGGAGGGAAAAGCGACGCCCUCUUCGGCAGUUGUGGCGGUCAAUCGCGAAAUCCGGGAAAUAAACGCGUCCCGAGGGGUGCCAAAAACCUCUGCGGGGCGCCGGCGCUUGGGAGGCGGACGCUCCCUUCGUUUUUAUUCGCCGACCAGCGCAGCCUCCACACCGCGCCGCUGCGCAGUCUCCCGCGCCUGCGGCCGUUUCACUUCCUGGUGGCCACUGGUGGCGGUUAUGCCGGAUACCGACAAUACGAAAAACACAAGGAGAAGCAGCUGGAGAAUUCAGGUGUCGAGAUCCCUCCAAAAAUUGCGAGCGACUGGGAGGUGUCGCUGUACAAGUCCGUCCCAACGCGGCUCCUCUCCCGGGCCUGGGGCCGCCUGAACAGCGUUGAGUUGCCGACCUGGCUCCGGAAGCCCAUCCUCAGCCUCUACAUCUGGACCUUCGGGGUCAACAUGAAAGAGGCAGCCGUAGAGGACCUCCACCACUACCGCAACCUCAGCGAGUUUUUCCGGAGGAAGCUCAAGCCCCAGGCCAGGCCGAUCUGCGGGUCACACAGUGUGAUCAGCCCAUCGGACGGGAAGAUCCUCAGUUUCGGUCAGGUGAAGAACUGCGAGGUGGAGCAAGUCAAAGGCAUCACUUACUCGCUUGAAUCCUUCCUGGGGCCUCACGCUUGUAAAGAGAACCCCAAAAAGAAACCGGCCUCCUCCUCCUCCUCUUCAUCCCGCGACUCCUUUCAGAAGCAGCUCGUCACGAAAGACAGCAAUGAACUCUAUCACUGCGUCAUCUAUUUGGCGCCAGGGGAUUACCACUGCUUCCAUUCGCCCACCGACUGGAAAGUCUCGCACCGGCGCCAUUUCCCAGGUUCGCUGAUGUCCGUCAACCCUGGCGUGACGCGUUGGAUCAAGGAGCUCUUCUGCCACAACGAACGUGUCGUCCUCACGGGGUUCUGGAAACACGGGUUCUUCUCUCUGACCGCCGUCGGUGCGCAGAACGUCGGGUCCAUCCGCAUCUAUUUCGACCGGGACUUGCACACCAACAGCCCCCGCUACAGCAAGGGCUCCUACAACGACUUCAGCUUCGCCGACACUGACGCCGCCAGCCGCGAGGGGGUCGCCAUGCGCAAAGGUGAACACUUGGGGGAGUUCAACCUGGGCUCCACCAUCGUCCUCAUCUUCGAGGCCCCCAAGGACUUCAACUUCUACGUCAAACCCGGGCAGAAAAUACGUUUCGGGGAAGCCUUGGGGUCCCUUUGAGGACGGCAAAGAAAAAAACUGCGCUGUUUGACGAAAGCAGCGCGUUCCCCCCCCCCCCCCCCGAAAUAUGCAAAAACACAGGGACUCAAAAGUUACUACCAGGAGCAUUUUUUUUACUCUCUCUAAGUCUAUUUUUUGCUCAGCGGGAACUGAGUGAGGUGAGACUUAUGGCGCAAGAGAGAGGGGGGGACGGCGCGGUUUUCACGGUUUUUUUCCCCUCCCCCUCACCGUGACAUAUCAGGGUUUCGUGGCCUUCAAGAAUGUCAACCAGGGUGGCUUUGAAAUUUAAUUCCUCGCUUGUGCCUGUCGUGCGCGUGGUUCGCGCCACAAACCGGAAGGGAAAACGGAAAAACAAAAUGGAGUUGACGACGCGGCAAGAAAAACAAACAAAUAAAUAAACAUAUCUCCUCAAAUCCAGUUAAUUUUAAUUGAUUUUCCUCAAAUUUUUAUUCUAUCAAUUCCUUUCUUUUUUAAUCUUUACGCUUUUUUCGUGGCGAAAUAACUCCAGGAAGCCAUGUUUGUAACCGCCGCUAAGCGCGAUUAAUUCCGUUUUAAUUUUGAAAACUCUCAACCGUUUAAUUUUAAUUAAAAAAAUUGUUUUUAAAUUGGAAAAUUAUUUUAAUAUUAAUUUUAAAAAACCGAUUUAAAACUCUACAGCGGCACCAAAAUAGCCGCCUCGGCAGGGAGCGAAAAUGCGUCGCUUAAAGACAACGUAACUUUACAGGAUCUUAGACUUAAUUACUAAUAAUUAUUUUUAAAAAUUAGUAAACCGCCAACGAUCGUGCAUUUUUUCCCUUCCGUUUUUGGCGCAUCCCGAAAAUGCCGCGGCGUAAAGCGCGACAAGCGCCACCGCCUUUUAUACGUGUUUUCGCCAAACCAUAGAGUUGCUGCUCGUCCGCAUAAAAAAGUUUCUACUUGACUAAGCUGCUGUCAGUCCUGAAAGGGGCGGUCAAAGGUCACGUGGACACCAUUUUGAACGGCAGCUGUGUUUUCGAAGGCGCAACGCUGUGAAGUUUUCAAUUUUAAUUACGUUAUCGGUAGCGCAGUAUUUUUGUACGUCGGGGAAAAAAGGGAGGGUUGAACGAAAUUAAAAUAAUUAACACGUAUGUCUUAAUAAUGUUAAUUAAUUUGUUAAUAAUAAUAAUAAUAAUAAUAAUAAAAAGAAUGUCUUAAACCA